AUGAGUGGAGAGGACAUGGUUCCAGGACCUCAGUUGGCUGAUAAGAUAGCCUUUAUCUUUGCUAUCAUUUUAUUCCUUUUGUGCUUGGUGGCAGUGGUGGGUAAUGGCUUAAACGUGGCACUGGGCAUGGAGUGGUUGCUGCAGAGAACUUUGUCACCCUGCAAUAAGUUAUUGGUCAGCCUGGGAGCCUCUAGCUUCUAUCUGUGAUGGGUGGAUAAGAACAUUUAUAUUUUCCUGAAUCCAAUAGCCUUCCCAUACAACCCUGUAUUGCAGUUCCUAGCCUUUCAGUGGGACUUCUUGAAUGCUGUCACGUUAUGGUUCUCCACCUGGCUCAGUGUCUUCUACGGUGUGAAAAUCGCCAUCUUCACCCCUGUCUUCCUCUGGCUAAAGCAGAUGGUGUCUGCGUUGGUUCCAUGGGUGCUGCUCAGCUCCGUGAGGUUCUCCAGCUUUAGCACCAUUCUAGUUUUCAUAGGCAACCAGAGAAUAGAUCAGAACUAUUUAAAGAGGGUUCUGCAACCUUGGAAUGUCGCUGGGAAUGCUGUGAGAACAUAUGAGAGACUCUGCUUCUUCCCUUUGAAAAUUGUUACCUGGACAGUCCCUACUGUUGUCUUCAUCGCUGGCAUGGCUUUGCUCAUUCCACCUCUGGGAAGACACACCAAGCAGGUCUCCCUGUCCAUCUCAGGCUCUCACGAUCCCAGCGCCCAGGCACACAUCAAGGCUCUCCUGGCUCUCAUCUCCUUUGCUGUCCUCUUUGUUUCCUAUUUUCUGUCACUGGUGCUCAGUGCCUCAGGUGUGUUUCCAUCACGGGAAUUCAGGCACUGGGUGUGGCAGGCUGUGAUUUAUCUGUGCACAGUAGUCCACCGCAUUGUUCUUUUCUUGAGUAACAGCAGGCUGAGAGCUGUGCUAGAGAGGGGCUGCUCCUCAGGGCAUGGGGCAUCUUGA